UGACUGUAGGCAUUUUUCCACCCUGCUGGGAUUUGUCUUCAGAGACAUUGUCUCAGUUUGUGUCCCAGCUGGCCUUGAAUUCCUAGGUUACAGGAACCUCCGUGUGCUUGGACUGUGUCGUAGCAUGCUUACCUUCUAGGGUGUUAGACACAUCUCACGGCUGUUCUAUAAUCAAUCACUGUAGUGAUUUCUCUGUUCUGUCUCAUCUAUGUAUUGAUAUAAUAGUAAACAUGUUGCUUUAUUGUUGCGUUUUGUUUUUGAGGUAAGGUCUUUCUAUAGUUCAGGCCAGCCUUAGACUUAACUAUGUAGUUGUGGCUGGCUUUGAAUUCAUGGCCCUCCUACCUUGACCCUCCUACUAUUACAGAUAAUGUGUGUGACUAUAUUGGCUUUUUGUGUGUGUGCAUGUGGGUUUUGUUUGGUUUUUCGGUUUGGGGGUUUUGUUUUGUUUUGUUUUGUUUUUAAGGCAGGGUUUCUCUGUGUAGUCUUGGCUAUCUUAGAACUCACUCUGUAGACCGAGAUGUGCCACCACACCCAGCUUUUUGUUUGUUUGUUUGUUUGUUUGUUUGUUUUUUGUUUUAAUACAUUAACAGGAAAAAUUCACCAUGAUUUUUACUUGUUUACUUGUAUGAUUUGGUAUGGUUUCUUCUUAAAGCACAAUUCCUUCUUUUUUUUUUCUUUAAUAUUUGGGCAUUGAUAAUUAUCCCAAGCAAACAGUAAUUACCUAGUGACUGUGCACUUUCUAAAAAUAAUGUGUGUCCUGUCAGAAGCUGUUUUGUUUUAAGUAUUUUAUAAAUGUACAGAGACUCUGUUGUCUGCAGUCCCUGUGUUUAUGAAAUAGUAUGUGUGAUGUCAGGGUUUGAGUAGCCUACGUGACAGUUUGUUACAAAGGGUGCAUUUGGUUAUGCUGCCUUUUAAAGAACAUCUUCAUUUUUUUUUUCAGCGUGUAUGUGACACACAUGCACGGCACAUGUGUGAAGUCAGAGCGCUGCUUCGUGGAGUUGGUUCUCUCCUUGCAUCUCUGUGGGGUCUGGGGAUUAGACCCAGGGCAUCAGUGCGUUAUCCCUGUGCCAUCUCACUAGUCAAGAUACGGCUCUUGUACAUCUGAGAAUAGGUUCACUUUUCCCGUAUCACAUUAUAAGUCAGCUUUAAAGUAAUUCAGUUCCUUAGUCAUACUACAGAAUAUGUCAGUGUAGUUGUUUAAAUGAAGAUAUUUUUGUAGAAAGGUCACUUUAUAAUAUUAUGAGAUAAAUACUGGAAAUCUUCAGGAUCCCAGCGCUUGGCGUCUGUGUUCUGUGGGGCGGGCUGGCUCCAGCCCCCCUGUGUUGUGAGGGAAGCUUUAUUGGAGCACAGCUCUGCCUGCCUGUUUACUGCUUUCCGUUGGUGACAGAGCACAGCGAUGAGUAGCUCCGAGAGCAGUUAUGAAGCUCUGAAAGCUGAGGCUGAGGCUGUCCGCCCUUCUACAAAAUAAAGCUCCGAACUCCUGGAUUAACAUUACUACAGGAUUCUCAUCGCUCACACCAGAGAGAAUAUGAAAAAUAUGAACAAGACAUCAAGAGUUCAAAGACAGCUAUUGAGAAGCUUGAGAGUGGACCAGAUCAAGCCCUAAACUACAAAUUCUACAAAGGCAUGAAAAUUUAUGUGGAAAAUAUAAUUGAUUGUCUAAAUGAAAAGAUUAGCAGCAUUGUGGAACUAGAGUCAUCCAUGUACACACUGCUUUUAAAACACUCAGAAGCACUUUUGAAACGCAGGCAAGAUGAGCUAAAAUGUGAAUCCUCAUAUUUGCAACAGUUAUCACGCAAAGAUGAGACAUUGGCAAGUGGAAGCUUGGCUCUGGAUGAAAAGGAUCAACGGAUUUUAGAAGAGAUUGAAGCUCGAAGGGUGCAGAGAAGACAGGCAAGGGUGCUGUCGGGCAACUGUGACCAUCAGGAGGGGACAUCCAGUGAUGAAGAGCUGUCUCCUGCAGAGAUGACUAACUUCCACAAGCGCCAAGGUGACAUUUUACAGGAUUGUAAGAAAGUUUUUGAAGAUGUGCAUGAUGAUUUUUGUAACGUCCAGAAUAUUUUAUUGAAAUUUCAGCAGUGGCGAGAAAAGUUUCCUGAUUCCUACUACGAAGCCUUCGUUGGUUUCUGCUUACCAAAGCUUUUAAGUCCCCUGAUACGAGUUCAGUUGCUUGAUUGGAAUCCUCUUAAGAUGGACUCCAUGGGUCUAGACAGGAUGCCCUGGUUCACAGCCAUAACAGAGUUUAUGGAGAGCGGCAUGGAAGAUGUAGGAAAAGAAGAUGGUUCCGAUAAAAAAAUCUUGUCUGCUGUCAUCAACAAAACAGUUGUUCCCCGCCUCACAGAUUUUGUAGAGAUGAUCUGGGAUCCCCUGUCAACCUCGCAGACAAGAAUUUUAACAGUGCACUGCAGAGUGGCUUUUGAACAGUUUGCUUCUGAAACUGAAGUCAGUAAAAGCAAACAGGAUUUACUUAAAUCUGUUGCUGCAAGAAUGAAGAAGUCAAUAGAAGAUGAUGUUUUUAUUCCUCUAUACCCAAAGAGCUCUGAAGAAGGAAAAAUGUCACCACACUCCAAGUUCCAAGAAAGACAGUUCUGGGGAGCUCUAAAGCUCUUCGGAAAUAUUCUUCUUUGGAAUGGACUUCUCCCAGAUGACAUCUUGCAAAAUCUGGGACUGGGGAAGCUGCUGAAUCGCUACCUUAUCAUUGCUCUUACUAACGCCAUCCCUGGACCAGAUGUUGUUAAAAAGUGCAGCCAGAUAGCAGCAUGUCUGCCAGACAAAUGGUUUGAGAACUCUGCUAUGAGGACAUCACUUCCCCAGCUAGAAAACUUCGUUCAGUUUUUGUUGCAGUCUGCACGCAAAUUAUCCACAACUGAAUUCAGGAAUGAACUCAAUGGAAUAAUUCUUAUCCUGGUGAAGGUAAAGGCUCUGAGUCAAGCUGAAUCCCUCACAGAGGAGCAUCGCCUGGAGCCCCUCACAGCCCAGACGGCAGGUGUGUGAGCGUGCUGUACAGAGGUCCAUGAUGAGAGUGGACAGCGCCUUUCCUGUAUAUAGAUGACGCCUCCUGUCCGCUGUGCCCACCGUGGCUGUGUGGAAAGCUUCCUGCUGCUGUGUGUCUGAGGGAAGUACAUGCAUGAGGCGGCUGGCGCUCAGUGUGCUUCUCUUUUAUUCUCUCUCAGUCUGAGAAGAUGAUGAGGAAAUCUGACACACAGAAGCAUGCCCCGCGUCAAAACCACCUUCAACAGACUCCAACUGUUUACAAAUCAGCUAAUGAGGGAAAAACUUUCUAUCUCUUGAUUUCUUUUGUCUUAUUCUUUUGUGGAGACUGGGUCUCAUUCUGAAGUGUAAGAAAUUGCUUAUUAAUAUUAAAUGGUUAAUACAUUUUUAUACAAAUUA